AUGAGCAUGAAGCAAAAGAACAACAACAACCCAGAUACUGGUUUCUUCGGAACCUUCUCUUCCACUUCCAUCAAAAACCUUCUUCCAAUUUCUUCCUUCCGCAAACCCAAAUCUAAUCUCGAGAACAUUCCUCCAAUUCAUUCCAACAUACCCAUCACCCAUCAUCAAUCUCAACCAAACCCUAAACCCCAAUUUUCUCACAACAACCCACAUGUCAAGGUUGUCGUGAGAAUUAAACCUCAUGUAAAAGAAGCCGAUUGCAUAAUUAACAAGGUUUCUUCCAAUGCCUUGCGUGUUGGGGAUAGACAGUUCAAAUUUGAUCAAGUUUUUUAUGCUAACUCCAAUCAGGAAGAUAUUUUUCAGUCAGUUGGUGUUCCUUUGGUUCGAAAUGCUUUAGCUGGUUACAACACUUCAAUUCUGUCAUAUGGCCAGUCUGGAAGCGGAAAGACUUAUACAAUGUGGGGUCCACCGAGUUCCAUGGCUGAGGAUCCUUCGUGUCUUAGUCCUCAAGGAAUUGUUCCUCGGAUCUUCCAAAUGUUAUUUUCUGAGCUUGAAAGAGAGAGACUUGUGUCUGACCAGAAACAGUUCAGCUAUAAAUGCCGUUGUUCUUUUCUUGAGAUAUACGACGAGCAAAUUGGGAAUUUACUCAAUCCAAACCAGAAGAACCUUGAGAUGAAAGAUGACCCCAAAAAUGGACUAUAUGUUGAGAAUCUGAUUGAGGAAUAUGUCACAUGCUACGAUGAUGUGGCUCAAAUUCUGAUCAAGGCCCUGUCGAGCAGAAAAAUCGGAGCAUCAAGCUUAAAUUCUAAUAGCUCUAGAUCACAUAUCAUUUUCACUUUUGUCAUUGAGUCUUUGUGUAAGGGGAACACAAAGGGUUGCAGUAGUUUAAAAGCUAGCCGAAUCAGCCUUAUUGAUCUUGCCGGAUUGGAUAGGGAUAGAAUUGACAAUGGAAGCAGCCAAUGUCAAUGGGAAAACAAACAUAUAGAGAAAUCAUUAUCUCAGCUUGGGAAUUUAGUGGAUGCUCUUACCGACAAAUCUCAGCCUGGUGAAGACAUUCCACACAGUAACUCUUGUUUUACUCGGUUGUUACAAGAAUCACUUGGUGAAAAUGCCAAACUCUCAGUAAUAUGUUCAAUCUCCUCUGAUAGCAAGAGCUUUGAUGAAACACUCUGCACACUCAGAUUUGGGGAGCAAGUAAGAUCCAUUAGAAACAAGCCAAGUAUUAAUAUAAUAAAGGAGGCCGAUGAUUUGAGUGGUAAAAUCCGGCACUUGAAGGAAGAACUUAUUAGAGCAAAGGUCAAUGAUGUUCAUAGCUCAGUUGUGAGUAAAAAUAAUGGAUGCUUCCAAGGACAGAAUGCGCGAGAGAGCCUUAAUCAGUUGAGAGUCAGCUUAAACCGUUCUCUACUCCUGUCUAACUUAGAUAGUAAUACUGAUGAAGCUGCAAAUGUCAAUGAGGAUGACAUAAGGAAAUUACACCAGCAAUUUGAUGAAUUAGACAGUUCAUGUGAAUGGAAUGCAAAAGACAUAUCUGUAUCCGAAGAUGGUGUUCAGUUUUAUUCUUUUGAUGAAUAUUAUGAUGAAGACACAACCAUGGCGGAUGAAAAUUCUGUUGGUGAUAGCAUUUCAGCCAUUUCAUGCAGUAAAUCUCCAAUACUUGACGAACCACCACUGUCUGAGUCUCCAAAAUUCAGCAAUUCCAAAAGGAAAAGUGUAGCUAUUUCAUCGAGUUAUCUGGGAAGUAGGAACACUGUUGAAGAGAGUUCAGCAUUUGGGGAUGAUGUUUUAGGAAAAUCACUGAAACAUGGUGAGCAUAAGCGAGCCUCGUUGCAGUCGAGCAAAGCUGAUUUCUUGGCAGAGAGCCUCCAGAGGGGAUUACAGAUAAUUGACUAUCACCAACAGAACUCGACAUUAAACAAAUCUUCAAGUUCCUUCUCCUUUGGCCGCUUAACUUUGACACCAUGUCCAGAAAUUGAUAAGGUUCAACCUUAUGAUCAAACAAUACAACAGAAAGUUUCCAAUGAUGAAGUAACUUCCACAUUCCUUUGUGCGUCUUGUAGUACAGAUUUGACAGAUAAAGUUCCAAAAAACUCGGAAAAUGUAAUGGCAAAAGGCAACAUGAGAGAGAAGGAGCUCGAGAAUGUUUGUAAGGAGCAAGCAGCUAGAAUCGAACAACUAAAUCAAUUGGUGGGGAAAUUAAAAGGAGAGAAAAGUCUGAGUUCCAUUAAAGAUGAAAACAAGCUUCUGUGGGGCACUUCCUCAAAUGUUCAUUCACUGUAUAGUAUAGAGGAAAAAUGUGAAAUUAAAGAAGUCCAAGAAGAGUUAGCUCAGAGAGACACCUUUUUUGAUUUAACUGAAAAGGAAUCACUUCUUCAUGAAAUCCAGAUUCUAAGAAGAAAGCUGCAAGUAUGCAAUGAUGCACCAGUCAAAAUGUCUACAGAUAAACUUAGAUCUUCUUUAAUGUCAAGAUCCAUCCAACUGCAAAAAAGUGGCGUAUUUUCUCAAGAUAAUAGGAACGAGGAGCUGGAAAACGAAAGACAGAGAUGGACAGAAAUGGAAAGUGAUUGGAUUUGUCUUACUGAUGAACUUAGAGCUGACCUUGAGUCGUAUUGCCAGCAUGCAGAGAAAUUGGAAAUCGAACUGAAUUUGGAGAAGAAAGGCAGAGAAGAGAUGGACGAUGCACUAAAAAGAGCUGUUAACGGGCAUGGUAGAAUGGUAGAACACUAUACUGAUCUACAAGAAAAAUAUGAUGACUUGGCUUCUAAGCAUGAUGCUAUGAAGGAAGGGAUAUCAGAGGUGAAGAAGGCAGUCGCAAAAGCCUCGAAAAAAGGUCAAGCACGCUUUGCCAAAUCUCUUUCUGCCGAGCUUUCCGCAUUGAGGAUGGAGAGGGAAAGGGAGUCGAAAUUAUUGAAAAAGGAGAACCAGUGUUUGAAAAUUCAACUUCGAGACACUGCUGAAGCUGUUCAGGCUGCCGGGGAACUACUUGUUAGACUAAGAGAAGCUGAACAGGCAGCAUAUGUUGCUGAGGAAAACUUUGCAAAUGUGCGACGUGAUAACGAAGAGUUAAAAAUGGAAGUGGAGAAGCUGAAUAGAAAACACAAGACAGAGAUUAAUACCAUAAAGCAGUAUAUUACAGAGAGCAAAUUGCCAGAGUCUGCAUUGAAGCCACUGUAUCAAGAGGAUUCUGAUACAAUACACAAUAAUACAACUUCUUCCUAUGCUUAUGAUGAUCAAGCAUGGAAAUCAGAGUUCGGAGCAAUAUAUCAGGAGCAUUACUAA